GCUACCUGCAAUCACGUCCGCGAGAGAGGGAGAGGGAGAGAGACAGAGAGAGUAGUUGGAACGAAGAGGCUUUGCUGAAAUUGAUCUUUUCUCCAAGGCAUUUCGAAGCCGCGACGGCGAUGCUUCUUCUCUUUCUGCUCUUCGCCUUCUUCUCGUCACUCUUUCCGGCGUCGUCUCGGCCUGCACCUUAUGCUAUGCGAAUGAGCUGUGGAGCUCUCAAUGAUGUUCAUACACUACCAACAAAUGCUCUGUGGCAUAAGGACAUUGGAUAUACAGGAGGUAUACGGGCUAAUGCCACACGCCCAAGUUUUAUCACUCCUCCACUUAAAACACUUCGCUAUUUCCCUCUGUCUGAGGGCCCAGAAAAUUGUUAUAAUAUUACUGGAGUACCCAAAGGCCGUUAUUCAGUUAGAAUAUUUUUUGGAUUGGUAGCAAAUCCUGAUUUCGACAACGAACCAUUGUUUGAUGUCUCUGUUGAAGGAACUCAGAUUUACUCACUGAAGUCAGGUUGGAGUAACAAUGAUAAUGAGAAAGCAUUUGUUGAAGCCCUCAUAUUUCUUACAGAUGGUUCGGCUUCUCUUUGCUUCCAUAGCACUGGACAUGGAGAUCCAGCUAUACUUUCAAUUGAAAUUCUUCAAGUUGAUGAUAGGGCUUAUGGUUUUGGCACAAAGUGGGGUCAAGGGACAAUCCUAAGAACAGAAAGACGAUUGAGCUGUGGUACUAAGAAUCCAAAAUUUGAUGAAGACUACAGUGGGGACCACUGGGGUGGGGAUAGAUUCUGGAACCCUGUUUUGGAUUUUGGUCAACAUUCUGAUCGUGCUAUAUCGACCCCAAACAGUAUCAAGCAGGCCACAAAUUCACCAAACUUCUAUCCAGAAUCUCUUUACCAGACAGCUCUUAUUAGUACCGAUAGGGCGCUGGAAUUGACAUAUACGAUUGAUGUGGAUCCUAAUAGAAACUACUCUAUUUGGUUGCACUUUGCAGAGAUUGAUACUUCUGUCACUGGUGCAGGGGAAAGAGUAUUUGACAUCCUAAUAAAUGGAGACAUUGUUUUCCAAGAUGUUGACAUUGUGAAUAUGAGUGGGGAUCUUUUCACUGCUCUUGUAUUGAACAGGACCAUUGCUGUUAAUGGGAGAACUUUGACAAUAACAAUGCAACCUGUGAAAGGUCAUGCUAUUAUCAAUGCCAUUGAAAUCUUUGAGGUUAUUAUGGCAGAGUCUAAAACUAUGCCACAUGAAGUCAGGGCUUUACAAAUAAUGAAGAGUGCUUUAGGGCUUCCGCUUCGUUUUGGGUGGAAUGGUGAUCCAUGCGUUCCUCAACAACAUCCAUGGAGUGGAGUAUAUUGUCAAUUCAACAGGACUAGCAGUAAAUGGGUCAUUGAUGGACUUGGUCUUGACAAUCAAGGCUUGAAGGGUUUCUUCCCAAAUGAAAUCUCCAAUCUGAGUCAUCUACAGAGCAUAAACUUCAGUGGAAACAGCAUUCAGGGACCUAUUCCAUCCUCACUUGGAACAAUUACUACGUUGGAGAUACUGGAUCUUUCGUACAAUUCUUUCAAUGGAUCAAUUCCUCAAAGCCUUGGACAGUUGACAUCAUUAAAAACACUGAAUCUCAAUGGCAACUCACUCUUCGGCAGGGUCCCGGCGGCACUAGGAGGAAGGCUUCUACAUAGGGCGAGCUUCAAUUUUACUGAUAAUACAGGACUCUGUGGUAUUCCUGGACUGCCAACAUGUGGACCCCACCUCUCCAUUGGUGCAAAAAUUGGCAUCGUAUUCGCUUCAUGUGUCACACUCCUGCUUAUUAGCACCUUCUUAAUGUGCUGGUGGAAAAGGCGACAGAAUACUCUCCGAGCUCAGAGACUUGCCGCAAGAGAUGCCCCCUAUGCAAAAGCAAGGACUCACUUCUCUCGUGAUGUGCAACUGAUAAGGCAUCAUGGGCAUAAUGACCGUACCAGGACGGCCUCUGAGAAUGGUCCAAUCUUACUCUCAUGACCCCCCAAACCCACUCCACUCCUCGUUGCAGGUUUCAUUCAUCAUUUUGAUGGACGAACGCUCUGCAAUGCCAGCCCAUUUCUCUGCCUCUACAGGUCAUUUCUAUCUUCCUCCAUCCCCUUUGGAAAUUGCCUGAAAUUUUUUUCUUUUAUCUUCCUUGACCAAAGCCUUGUGAAUUCUGAUCACUUCUACAGUCUCAUAUCUCUACUCCAAUUCUACGUUCAAUUUUGACGGUAAUAGUUCUUUACACAAAAAUGUUAUUUUAAUACAUGCCACUCAUGCUUCUGUAUUUUAUCUCAGCUUAGAAGGGACAGAUAUGAGAUAUGCAAAAGACUCCCAAGAUGUUGACCGAAUUUUCAAAUUUUUUUUUUUUCUAAAAAGAAUUAAAGCUUUGUGUGUUGCUUCA